AUUCAGCCUACGAGGAAACAUGUUUGAGCGCGUUAGGGACCCUGGGUUUAUUGGCCCGUUUGCUUUAAUUGGUUUGUUUUAAUCUGUGUAUGAUUUCGCGUCAAAUUUCUAUGCACCCUUUUUCAGCUUUCGGCUUUAUCUACUGGUUUUAAAACAAGAAAAUGGAUUUCAAGUCUCAUUUUUGUUGGAGGAGCUGUUAAAAACGCAAGUGAAAGCAAGGCAAGCAAGCAAGAGAUUUUUUGUUUUGUUUUGAGAAAUAAUAGUUGUGGAACUGGUUUCAUCAUGGAUUCUACAUCAGAUCGAACUCCGAAAGGUUCUCAACGCUCUCCGAAGAAAACACCGCAGAGCUCUGGGAAGCGGGAAAACAGCAAACGCAGCCAGAAACCAAAUCUCCAGGAGGUGAGAAAUAAAGGCAGACGAGACCGAGGCAGAGCAGAAGAGGAGAUGAACAACAAAAACAUGGAUUUUCAGGAGAAGUCGAAAGCAGCCGGAACCGGCCUGGUUUACUCCGAACUCUUUUCCCGUUAUCGCUGCCUGUGGGACUCCAGUCACCCCGAGUGUCCUGAGCGAGUGACCACUGUAGUGGGGAUGAUGGAGAGCGAGGGGCUGCUGUCUCGAUGCCUGCAGGUGGAGGCGAGAGCUGCAUCAGACGACGAGCUCUCUCAGGUUCACACGAAGGAAUACAUUGAUCUGAUGAGGUCCACUGAGAAAAUGUCGGAAGAGGAGCUGAAGCGCAUGUCUGACCGCUACGACUCCGUCUACCUCCAUCCUGACUCGUUCUCGUGUGCCUGUCUGGCUACCGGCUCGGUCCUUCAGCUGGUCGACAAGGUGAUGACCUCAGAGCUACGCAAUGGCUUCGCCGUGUGCAGGCCUCCAGGACAUCACGCCCAGGCUGAGCUGAUGAACGGAUACUCCAUGUUUAACAACGUAGCAGUGGCAGCGCGAUACGCCCAGAAACAACACGACGUCCAGAGAGUUCUGAUUGUAGACUGGGAUGUGCAUCACGGUCAGGGAGUCCAGUACGCUUUCCAGGAAGAUCCCAGCGUCCUGUAUUUCUCCGUACAUCGGUACGAGGAGGGCUCGUUCUGGCCUCACCUGCCCGAGGGAGACAGCAGCGCCGUGGGUUCAGGACCAGGAGAAGGCUACAACAUCAACGUGCCCUGGAACAAGCCUGGGAUGGAGGAUGGAGAUUUCGUCUCUGCUUUCCAGAGGAUUCUGCUGCCCGUAGCCUACGAGUUUCGGCCUCAGAUUGUGUUAGUAGCUGCUGGCUUUGACUCUGUGGCCGGUGAUCCCAAGGGUGAGAUGUGUGUGAGCCCCCAGUGUUUCUCUGUACUGACCCACAUGCUGAUGGGUCUGGCUGAGGGGCGAAUCGUGCUUGCUUUGGAGGGAGGCUACAACCUGCAGGCCACGGCAGAGGCGGCGUGUGCUAGCUUGAGGUCCCUCUUGGGUGACCCCUGCCCUCAUCUGAACUCUCCGGGAGCUCCGAGUGAGAGCACUCUAAAGUCCAUCUCUAAGACGGUUUCGGCUCUGUACCCAUUUUGGACCAGCCUGCAGACUCUAGAGGGAGGUCCUCUAUCUGAAGCACAGCCCUUACCCUCAGCCGUGUGUGUGGAGAAACUGGAAUCCUCCGAACGAGUUACUGGUCUCAUUUACGACGAGCGAAUGAUGGAGCAUCACAACAUGUGGGACAGCCAUCAUCCUGAGCUCCCUCAGAGAAUUUUCCGGAUCUUCUCGCACCAUGAGGAUUUGGGGUUCGUGGACCGUUGCCGUCGGAUACCGGCCCGUUUAGCCACAGAGCAGGAGCUUGCGCUUUGUCACGGAUCAGAGCACAUUGCUACAAUAAAGAGCACGGAGCAGAUGAAGCCCAGAGAUCUGAACAGACUCGGGAGCGAAUAUAAUUCCAUCUACAUCAGUAAGGAGAGCUAUAAAUGUGCACUGCUGGCAGCUGGAGCAUGUUUCAAUGUCGCUCAGGCCAUCCUCACUGGCCAGGUGAGGAACGGCGUGGCCAUCGUCCGUCCACCCGGGCAUCACGCAGAGAGAGACACCGCCUGCGGCUUCUGCUUCUUCAACACAACUGCCCUGACCGCCCGAUAUGCUCAGAGCAUUACCCACAAUGCCCUGCGUGUCCUCAUCCUCGACUGGGAUGUGCACCAUGGCAACGGCACCCAGCACAUCUUUGAGGAUGAUGACAGUGUGCUCUACGUCUCUCUCCAUCGCUAUGAGGAAGGCUCGUUCUUCCCCUGCUCCGAGGACGCCGAUUACGAUAAAGUGGGUCGAGGGAAGGGUGUGGGUUACAACGUCAACAUUCCCUGGAACAAAGGCAAGAUGGGCGACCCGGAAUAUCUAGCAGCCUUCCAUCACGUGGUGAUGCCAAUAGCACGAGAGUUUGCGCCGGAGCUGGUCCUGGUGUCGGCCGGGUUUGAUGCCGCUCGGGGUGACCCGCUAGGGGGGUACCAGGUGACCCCGGAGUGCUACGCCCACCUCACACACCAGCUGCUGAGUCUCGCAGCAGGACGAGUGCUUGUCAUUUUAGAGGGAGGUUAUAACCUCACCUCCAUCUCCACCUCCAUGGCCAUGUGCACCAGCAUGCUCCUGGGUGACGCUCCGCCGCAGCUGCCCCCUCUGCCCCCGCCACACCCCAGCGCUGCCAUCAGCAUCAACAACGUCCUGCGAGCACACGCCCCCUACUGGAGAUCUCUCCGAAUACAGAUUCCAGAGUCUCUGCGUUUGUCCUUGCCUUCUCCGAAAUCCAAAUUCAAGCGUACACCAACAGGAAAAGGCAAAACUUCCCCUCCUCAGGUCACGCCUCAACCAGAGCACCAGCGUACCCCAGUGACCACUUUACCAGUGUCGCCUCCUACUGAUCAGGAGGACUCCGGGCUGGACGAGCUCACUCAAGGCCUGCACGCUCUGGACCUGAGCACGUCCACCAUAUCCGCCAGUUCCAGCCCCGCCUCUGUCCCUGUGGGCGGAGCUAGACCAAAAGUGAAGCCCAGCCCACAGAGGGACUCCUUCUCAGCAGCGGAGGAAGCGUCGCCGGUCCGAGUGAUGGAAAAAGGUAUCGAGGGCGGCGAUGUGAAAGCCGAGUCCACACCCAUCAAACAGGAGAAACAGUCAGAAGAAUCGGACGCUGGAGCGGUGUGCGAUCCGGAGAGUCCAGCGCUGGAGGGAGCGUGCGGCUACACGAAGAAAACCGACUUCGAGCUUGUGUGUGGAGCCGGGGACAUGGCCGGGGAUACGAUGUACGUGGUGGAGCCUUUGGCAUGGUGUCCACAUUUGGAGUCAGUGCAUCCGGUGCCUGCGGGUGGCAUCGACGUGUUCCGGCCGUGUGAGGAGUGUGGCGCCGAAUCGGAGAACUGGAUCUGCCUCUGCUGCUAUAAGGUUUUGUGUGGGCGCUUUGUGAACGAACACAUGGUGGCCCACGGUCUGGUGUCCUCUCACCCUCUGGUCCUGAGCUUCGCUGAUCUAUCAGUGUGGUGCUACUCCUGCGAGUCCUACGUCCACAACAAGGUGCUGUAUGAAGCCAAGAACGCUGCUCAUCUUGCUAAGUUCGGGGAGGAGAUUCCCCCCAUCAACUAAUCUAGCACUGAAGAUGAGAAGACUCCUGUGCAGGCAAACAAAAGUGGACAGAGUGUCACAGACGACCAGCCUGAGGAGAAGUGAGGUGAUCUCCAUCAUCCCCAUGCUCUCAUCUCGUCCUCAUUUGUCCUAGCAUGCAGAUCCUUGGUGUGUUUUUUUUCAUCAUCAUCUCAUCUCAUCUCGCCGUGUCUGGAAACAUCCUCAUGAGUCUCCCCCCGUCGUCAUUAAGCCCCCACUCGUCUGCUGCUUCCUCUGCAUUGUUCAAAUCUGUUACGAUGGGAUCCUGAGGCCGUGUUCGAAGCUGUCAGACUUUACAGCUAGGCAAAAACCAGUUUUCCAGCAGAAUAAUAUAUUUAAUAUGCAGCUUUUGCAUUCUGUUAUAUCUGCAGGGAGAGAACAAAUGAAGGAAUAAUCUGCUUUAUUGUAAACCCUGUUUGAACUCUGAGCUGAGAUACAACUGAAAUGCUGUUAAAGGUGUUGUUUUUAGCAGUGGGCUUGGAAAUAUCAUUUUUAUACGAAAGACGUUAAAAAGCCAGAACUAGUAACAACGUUCCAGUCUCUCUGUUUGUUUCGUUUCAGGCUACUUCUUAAAAUUUUCUGGCCCAGAAAUGAUCCAUGCCUAUUUAUUUAUUUAUUUAUUUGUUUGUUUGUUUGUUUGUUUGUUUGUUUGUUUAUUUUGCACACAGUCAUUGUCUGACAAACUUAUGGUACAUUAUAUCCAAACUAAAAUCUGUCAACGUUUGAGUUCUGUGCUUUUUGUUCGUUUUUGUUUUUAAAGACACAUUAAAUACUUGACUAAACAAUUUAAAUCACAAGAAAUAAUUGAAUGAUUCAUUUUUUAAUUAAAUAAAGGAUCAAACUUGUUCUUGUAGUUCAGGUAAGAGCAUUCUUCUCAUCAUAGGUGAAAUAUAAAGAAGUAAAUAUUUUUACAGGGUGUUAAUGGUUUCAGUCGUGAUUUAGAUUGCUGUUCUAACAUCCAAAAACAUUUUAUACGUUUUAAAAAAAUAUCUAAAAUAAAAGAGCCAAAUGGCUGAAUAACAUUUUGGAAGAAUGUUGUAACAUGUUAAGAGUGAUGGAAAAAUACUGAAUCCAGCAAUAGUUCCAUCCACUAAAUAUACAUAUAAAUAUAAAGAUUUGUCAUCGUUUUUGUACGUUAAGCAAAAUGAAGCUAUUUUCAAGAUGAGCCUUGUAGAAUUUUCCAGUUUACCUCAUUCAUUUCUAGCUCAAAUCCAAAAUAAAAACCCUAAAUAGAGUGCUGGAAAUUGUUUUUUCCCUAGAAGUGGAAUGGACGAUGGGGUGAUGAUCACUAAACUACAU